AUGAACGUUGUCCAACUUACCAUAUUCUUUACUCCACUUGUCGAUUGUCUUCAAGGUUUGUCCUUAACACGCAAAUGUCCCAAAGGCUACAGCUGUGGCUAUCUACAUCUAUUUCGCAAUCCAAACAAUUUGUUUAAUAGUAGCUUGGAGCUCUACGACACCCCAAAAAGUGUGCGCUCUGGCAGUAGAACACCUACAAGCAGAAAAAACAGUUGGCAUGACAAUGGUCAGGAAUCUCGCAACUGGCGCUGGUCGGAAAGUCCCGAAAUGGAGUUAAAGCUUGACAAAUCUUCAACUAACCAUAGCAAAAGGCAUCAAAGCAAUGAUCGUGAUAUAAAACGAGACUCUGGACGCCACUCUAGUGAAGAAUCUGGACCUCGUGGUAGUGUAGACUCUGCCCGAUAUCAGACUCGAGACUCCAGAUACAGUCGAGCUACUAGAUUACAUUCUAGUCAAGACCAUGGCCAUCACAGUCGCAGUCGCAGUCGUAAUCGUUCCACAUCAAGCCGUAAACACGUUUCUAAAGCGGAUUACAGUCGCUCCCGCACUCCGCCAAGUCGGCGUGUUAAAUAAACCAAAGUAUAUAAGAUCAAAUUUAAAUAAUUGUUCUGGUUUUAAUGAAUUUUUACAACAGUUUAUUCAAUCUCUUUGUUUUUGCACGGCAAUAGAAUAGGUGAGCUUUGUUUUUCAUUUUCUUUCUUUCUAUUUUAAAUAAGAGAUUUUAGGGCGUGAUUAUUCGUACUUAACAAUUUUUUAUAAAUACAAUUGUAGGAAAAAUAUAGUCGUGUAAGAUUGGCAGUUACGAAA